UAAUCUCAGUCAUAUCAGUCAUCAAUAAGCCGACAGUCUAACCUGCUCGUCUGGUUCUCUCUCUGACACUAAGUGAAAGGAAGAAGCUCUUGCAUUAGGAGCAGAUGUCGUCCUCUGUUCUGUCGGGUUUCCCUUCAGCUCCUCUGAUCACAUUAUCUUAAUGGUGGAUGUGAACAGGAAGGAGCUGAUUGGAGGAGGAGGAGGUGGUCAAUUAGUGCUUUUUAACGAGCUCGGUGUCUCUGUGAUUCCACGAAGACGACGUCCCUCCUCUGUUUAUAGCUUCCUGAGUGGAUUAAUAAGUGUGUGCGUGUGCGCGUGUAGGUUCUACCGUAGUGAUGGUGAGAGCCCUGCGGAGUCGAGCAGCGAACCUUUGUUCUCCGUCAACAACAGUGGAACCAGCCGGACCCGAAGUUCUGAGAGAUCAGGUCCGAACCGCUCCGGCUGGAGGCUGGACAGAGACAUGGGCUUGAUGAACGCCAUUGGUCUCCAGCCCCGACACCCCGCCCCCUCAGUGACAUCACAGGGAACCCAGACGCCAAUCAUCCAGCUGCAGAACGCCGAGACCCAAACGGAGAGGGAUCUGGAGCCCAGCGUCACCCCCCCUCCUGCAGCCAACGUUCCUCCUGAGACUCCGUCCACCAGCCGAGCAGUUUCAGGGCAGCCGGAGGCUCAGAGUGACGCAGCUUCAGGGGAGGCCAACACAUCCGCCGCUGCAGAGUCUCCAGACUUCGGUUCUGGUGAAGACGCUCUGGCUCGAAUCCGCCGUCUGAUCGCUGAGGGUGGGAUGACGGCAGUGGUCCAGAGGGAGCAGAGCACCACCAUGGCGUCCAUGGGCGGCUUUGGCAACAACAUCAUCGUCAGCCAUCGCAUCCACCGCGGCUCCCAGACGGCCGCGGGGGCCUCCAGGCUGGCGGCGGCGGACCCCUCUACCUCGGGGCCUCUCCUCACCAUCACUCAGACCUACACCCCCCCACAGGCUCCGGCCCCCUGGGCCCCCCAGCCCUCCGCCCCCCCCAUGGACGACGACUCCCUGCCAGGCCCCUCCUCUUCCCACGGUUACCCCGGGGACCCGUACAGCAGGUAGUCCUCCCUUUGGUCGAGAGAAGCAGAGCGCUGCUCCUCGAAGCCUUAUCUCUCAAAAGAAAUGGGUGCUCCUUUGACUCUAAACAGGGUCUCCCGCCUGGAACAGAAGGGACUCGCCCCCCCCCCCCCACCCCACCACCUCUGCACUUCUAUAGAAACCCACCUGAAGCUGAACCGCCAUCAUUCCUCCACCAGAAAGGGCUUUUACUUGAACGGAGGCUCAGGUAGCCGAGCUCCUCUUCGCCCGAAUCUCUCCAAGUAUCAGCAGCAUGAUGAAGGAAGAGGUCAUCACAGUGCCAUGUCUAUGGGGGGGGUCUUUACACACACACACAUUUACUCCAACGUUCUGCAUUCGGUGCCAUGUUAUGUUGACAUUUGAUGUGAAAUAGUGUGUGAUUGAAGUGUUUCAAAAAGUGAAUUCAGCACUACUUUUAUUUUGAAGCCUGUUUUUGUACGGUGUGUAAUUAUGUUUGAAAAGAAGAGAUGGAGGCGGGACUCUAUCAAGACUCUACUAAGACUCUAUUAAGACUCUAUCAUGACUCUGGAUCCUGGCUCCAGGCUGCUGGCGUUGGCUGACUGAACGGACUGAACUGAAUCUGCUGCAUGUGUUAGUUCAUAAAACCAACACGUCUUCUUCUUCUUCUUCUUUAAAGGCUGAAGAGGAGACGAACAUUUCCCCCCCAAACAAACAAAGCUCAAAACUCUACCAGACAAUAACUCGAUAUUCUUCAUGAGACUAAAGCUUAGAAACUGUGUGUGUGUGUGUGUGUGUGUGUGUGUGUGUGUGUGUGUGUGUGUGUGUGUGUGUGUGUGUGUGU